AUGGAGGGCGGGUCUAUCUUCCCUGGUGACGAUGCUCCGACCUACCUGGUGGUAUUUAAUUUGAUUAUGUUUCGUCCAUUUCCGGGGAAGAUUAUUACUGGAAAACUUGUUUUAUCUGAUGCUGAUGGCUUGCGCUUAUCCAUUGGAUUCUUUGACGACAUUUACAUUCCUACUCAUCACAUGCCCAAUCCAAACCGCCAUGACCCUGAAAAUAGCAACAAAAACAAAGGCACAUGGUUUUGGGAUUAUGGUGAAGAAAUUGAUUCAUCAUUUAAUAUUAAUUAUACUGACAAGAUCAAAUUCCAAGUUCAAAGUGUGAGUUACCCUCCAAUUCCAGUUGAGCAACCAAAAGAAUCAAAGCCAUUUGCUCCAAUGAUAGUUAGUGACAAAUGGCAUUUCAGGAGAAAACAAGACCUACUUUGGAGGAUAUUGCACCGAUGA